CGAUAAUAGAAGGAAGCAGUUAUCAUCGGAACGGAGAAGUCAAGCUGGGUCGGAGGAAACAGUGGAACACCAAUGACUAAGGCAGGCGGAAGCUCAGAAAAGAAAAAGGAAUCAAAAAGAAAAGAAAGAUCCAUCAUCAUAGAAAGAGUUACCAGGCAGAGGACAGGCAGUCUAGGGUCAAUAGCUGACUCAUUCAAGAGAAAAAGAGAAGAGGAGGACGAAGAGGACAGGAUAAAGGCGGAAAAAGAAUUUUACGAGAUCUUCCGUAAAUCUAGGAUUGUGGAUAGAACACCACCACAUAAGAAAGAAGAAGAAACCGAAGAGUCACGGAAAAUUCAGAAAGGAAAGAAAAUAGGGGACAAGGAAGAAACAGACAUGGAUAAAUUAGAACAGAUAACGGAAAUUAUGCUAACAAUUAAAAAAGACACAGAAGAGAUAAAAAAAGAAAACAAAGAAAUAAAGGCGGAAUUGCAAGUCAUGAGGGAAGAGUGGAAAAGAAGGCAAGAAGAAUGGGUGAAAGAGAAGAAGAUAAUGGAAGAGAGACUAAAUGAACUAGAGACUAAAGAGGAACAAAUGGAAAUGAUGAUAGCAAGAAUGAAACAACUGGAAAGGAAAGACGAUGAAAGAGAGAGAAGAGAAAGAAGGAACAACAUCAUUAUGAAAGGAGAGGGGAUACCGACUGAAGGAUCACCGAAGGAGAUAAUAAAACAAACAUUAAGACAAGAAUUGCAAAUCGAGGCGGACAUAGAAGAUGCGUACUGGAUAAAAAGGGAGCAGGGUAGAAGAAUGCUGGUAGCAAAGUUAGGGAGUUGGCAACAGAAGAAGGAAAUAUUAAUAAAGAAGAGCAAAAUGAAAGGAAAGAAACUGUACAUUGACAAUGAUCUAACGAAAAAGGAAAGAGACGUACAAAAAGAGAUAACGGGAAUAGCAAGAACAAAAAGAGAACAAGGAGAGGAAGUAAAGAUAGGAUACAAGAAACUUAUAGCCAACGGGAAAACUUUCAUAUGGGAGGAAGAAGAAGGAAUGAAGGAGAUAAAUUUUCGGAACAAAGACCGACACAGACCAAGGCGGGAGAAACACGGAACGGAUAAAAUAACGAGACAGAACAACAAAGGCGACGAAAACUGGCUCAGAAAUAAACGAAAGAAACAAUACACAAGGAAUAAACUAAAAAAGGAUGACGCCGAAAACACAAAAGAGAUCAAGGUAAUAUUUUGGAACACGGCAGGAAUUGCAAGGAAAGAUAAAGAUUUCUGGGAGUAUGUACGAAAAUUUAAGAUAGUCAAUCUAACAGAAACGUGGAAUAAAAUGGAAGCAUGGAUGCCCAAAGAAUUUAAAUGGGAAAUCCAAUAUGCAACAAGGGAUAAGAAGAAAGGAAGAGGAAGUGGAGGCAUGAUAGUAGGAGUGAAGAAAAAUAUCAGGAUGGAGACGUACAAAAAGAAACAAGAGGAAUAAUAAGCUACAAAGUAAAGAUUAAGGGAGAAAUAUGGAGAAUUAUUUCAAUCUACAACAGAGAAGGGAAAAAGAGGACAUUAGAAGAACUAGAAGAAAAAAUUGAAAAUGAAAGAGAGAAGAAACUGAUAAUUGGAGAUUUCAACGCGAGAACGGCACAGAAAGGAGAAAUAGUAUGGAAUGAGGAAGAAGAAAGUAAAAGGACUUCGAAGGAUAAGACAAUAAACAGACAAGGAAUGGAUUUGAUAGAGAAAAUAGAAAAGAUGGGACUUGGUAUACUAAACGGAAACAAGGAAGAGGAUGAACAAGGAGAGUGGACGUUUACAGGGACAAUGGGAAAAUCAGUAAUAGACUAUGCAAUCUGCAAUGUGGAAACAUGGGAAGAAAUUAAGAGCUUCAAAAUAGGAGAGAGGACGGAGGCAGAUCACCAACCACUGGUGGUAGAAAUGAAGGCGAAAAUAGAGGAGAUAAGAAGAGAGGAAGAAGAGAGAGAAAUAGAGAUAAAAGAUUGGUCAGAAGAAGGAAUAAAAAUAUAUAAGGAAAAUCUUAAGAGAAGAAAGACAGAAAAAGAAGGAGCACAGGAAGAAUGGGAAGAACUAGUGGAAGAAAUCAGAAAGGCGAUAAACAAAAAGACAAUCAAGAGAAAAGCGAAAGGAAUAGGACAGAAAACUUGGUGGGACAAGGAAUGUAGAAACAGUAAAACGAAACUAAAUCGAUCUUUAAGACAAAUGAAAAAAGGAACGAUAGAAAGAAGAGAAUAUAUAGAAGAAAAACAAAGGCACAACAAACUAUGUGAAAGAAAGCGAAAAGAGGACAGAGAAAGAGAACAGAAAAGAUUAGCAGAAAUAAGCAACGAAACAGAGAUAUGGAGAUACAUAAGGAAGGAAAGAGGUCAACGAGAACAACUGGACAACAGCAUAGGAGAAUUACAAUGGAAAAGACAUUUUAUGGAAUUACUGGAAGGAAAAGAAAUAACCGAUACAGAAGACGAGCAGGAA